CGCUGGCAUGGGGUAGGACCCCCUCCCACUUUGUGCCCCAGACAACCACUGCCGUUGGGAAGCCUGUGGGGCUGGGGCCACAUCCUGUGAGGCAAGGACUCUCUAGUGCUUCAGAGGCAGCUCUGGGAUGUGGUGGGGGCAAGAGAAAGUUGCCUUGGCCCAUGUUGGGGCCAGGUGUGGGACAUGCUGGGGCUUCCUGGUCGCUGGGGUGCCCCAGGAGGGGUGUGAGGAAGGAGCUGCAGACAGGGAAGUAGGAAAAACGUGAUCAGCCAUAAAACCAAUUAUUGCACAAUGUUUUGGUGGUGUGUGGGUGGGCUGGGAGCUGGUUCCAGGAUCCAGUGGUCAGGGUCAGUGAUGGCUUUGCUUGUGUGGUAGCCUCGAGAGCAAGUCGGUGUUGGAAGGCAGCCAGACAAGGUUUUCCCAUCCCCAAAUCUUGAAGCUCAUGGGUAGUCACAGGAGGGCUAUGUUAUUUCUUGGCCCAUGGCCACCACUGCUGUCUCUGACACGUCUUGGGGAGCCUGGGAACCGUACUGGCCUGGCUGGAUUCUGCUCCAUGGCUGGACCUUGUUUACUCCAGCUUCCUGCCCGACUCCUGCCACAGUUCCUUCAGCUGCUGUCAGCCAGAGGAAUCUGGCAGUCCCAGAAGGUCCAGCUGCUCUGCUGAGGGGCCACUAACUCUCCCCCUCUUCCAGCUGCGCUGCAAGCCCUCAGCCCUCUCUGAGCACUAGCCAGCACUAGGCUGAGCACCACAGGCAGUAGCAAGGCAGCACAGCCAGGUACCUUUUGGUAACUUCUCCGUGCCUUGUUACACUUGCUGCUGUGUGAUGCUGUAGGUUGGUACAUGUGGGGCAGCAGGGGCAGGGUGCCAUGCAGGGAGAUGGAACUACAGGAUUCCAUGGCAAGGGAUCCUUGCUGGCAGCGAGAAAGAGGAGAGUGAUCAAUUCCUGAUUUGGAGAUUCACCUACUGCUCUCCCAGCAAAGGGCUGGGUGAUGGGUUCAUGCCAGGGGUUGGAUUCAAGACCUACCAAACCCCUCCUGUGUCACGGUCCCCAAGAUGUCAUCAACGGGAGCUGCAGAUACUCUUUGUUGAGCCAAACCUCUGGCCUGCAGGUAAGAAAUUGUUGUUUUGAUAUGAGAGCAUUUUGAAGAGGAGCUCUCCAUUGUGCAGUCUUGUAAGGGGUCUGGAUCCUUGUGUCUGUGCUGUGGUGUCCAGGGGCACUUGCAGGUGCUGGGGUCAGUGCUUGAGCUGCAGCAGUGGUUGUGUCUCACCGGCCCUUGGUGCUGGCUCACCUCGGGCUGGGUUGGGUGCAGUAGGAGUGGCUGCACACCCUCCCUGACCUGAGCACAUGCUGAGCAUCCAUCGGUCUGUGGAGACCCCCGAAGCGUGAUGCCGGCAGGGCCUCUGCCGGAGCACAGCUGGGCUGCAGGGGGGUGCAGGAGCAUUUUGCCGGAGGAUGAAAUCAGCGGGUGUGGCCAGGAUUCCUCGGCUCCCGCCGGAGCUGUCUGGUGGCUGAUUUAUGAUGGUGUUAUUGCCAGGAUCAUGGCGUUGCCUCAGCAACCACAAUGCAGCCCCCACCAUCCCUCGCCUGGGUGGGAUGGGGCUGGCUGGGUCUCCCCCAUACAGUUGUUAGCCCCAGGCCUGGAGGCAGCAGCGAGGAGCAGUCUCCUCACUUGCCUCUGGCUUUGUGCAGGAGACAGGCUCCCCCUUCCCAGCGGCCCGGCGGAAGAGCCAGUUGUUUACCAGGGUAGAGGGUGUGGGAAGGAGUGAGCACACCCGAAGUGCAUUAGCAGAUGGGGAGCAAACAGGCAGCCAAGUUGGCUGGAGGCUGCGAUGCUCCGCUGUGUGUGCACCCGUUAGCUCGGCCACUCAGGCUUCCUUCCGUGACUCAUCCAGCCAGCCACAAGUGGGGAUGAGAGGCCGUGCGAGGGGGUGCCAUGCACCCGCCUCUGCUGUGCUCUUGCUUCAUCCCAGCAAGCCUGAUACUGCAUGGCAUGGCCUGCCAGUCUGUGCUCCUUCACGAGCACGGGCUGAAUGCCCAUGCCCUGACCAUGUCCUGGCCAGCGGCACAGAAUGCAGCUCUGGAGUCUGCUCAUACCUGAUGUGGGGAAGCCAGGGCUGAGUAGGCAGCCCUGCGCGGGGUGCACGAGGACCGUGGGCUGCUCGGUGGUAACCGAGCCCGACCCUUUGGCAUUUUCUGCCUUCACCGCUUCCCACGGCGGGAACAAGCGGCGCGUUCUGCAGGCGGCGGCGGGAGAAGAAAGGCUGCCUUGUCUGUCCUAGCAGUGGGGCGCCGGCUGGGGCGGCCACGCUCCCGCCCCGCAUUCCUGCACUAGAGCCGGCUGGAGAGGGGCUGACGGCAGGCGUUCCCUGCGUGUUGAUGAGACAGCCCGUGUCCAGUACCGUCCAACAUCUCCAAGAAGGCACCAUGGAGGCGUCAGGGAGGACCCCCACCAGCCCAACCCACAGAGUCCAGACUAUCAUCCAGAACAGCCCCCUGGACCUGAUCGACAUGGGCAAGGGGCUCAAAGUCCAGACGGAGAAGCCACAUUUGGUGAGCCUGGGCAGCGGUCGGCUCAGCACUGCCAUCACACUCCUGCCCCUGGAGGAAGGGAGGACCACCAUUGGCACGGCUGCGACAGACAUCGUCCUGCAGGGCCCCGGGCUGGUGCCCCAGCACUGCUACAUCGAGAAUGUGCGAGGGAUGCUCACCCUGCACCCCUGUGGCAACGCCUGUGCCAUCGAUGGCGUGCCACUCCAGCAGCCCAUGCACCUCACCCAAGGGUGUACCAUCUGCCUGGGCCAGGCCACCUUCCUCCGCUUCAACCAUCCUGCUGAGGCCAAGUGGAUUAAGAGCAUGAUCCCAGCGGGGGGCAGAAGUCCAUCGGCUCUCUAUGGGCUACCAGCAAAAUCUGAGGCCCUGGUGAAUGGUGGCCACCAGCUGUCAGAGCGUGAGUGUCAGAGCCACAGCUCCCUUGUCAGCUCCAUUGAGAAGGACCUGCAGGACAUCAUGGACUCGCUGGUGCUGGAGGAGUCGGCAUCCCGCAGCAUUCAGAAGCCGUCUGCCUGUGGCCGAUCCCCCCUCUCCCCUGUGGUGAAUGGGGGUGGGCGCUGCCUCCUGUCCCCUCCACCUAGCCCUGGGGCCGCCUCAGGGGGCUCAAGCUAUGAGAACUUCUCUCCCCUCUCCUCUCCAGCCAGCAGCAGUAGCUACACCAGCCCCUCACUCAGCAGCCAAGAGCAGGGCCCAGCUGUGCCGCCCCCUCUCCCACUUCGCUCCUCCAGCUACAACCACACUGUCCAACCACCCACUCUGCCUAGCGGGGCUUCUAGUGAGCCCUGGCCAGCUGAGAGGCUCGGGGACCACCGGGUGGGCAGCCCCCGGCUGACGCCCAGGAUGGUGCCACGGCCGCGGGUGGCCCUGCAGGAGCGGCCCCCUAGUCCCUUCCGGGAGCCACGGGACUCUCUGGCCCCCAGCCGCCAGCCCAGCAGCAGGGCAGUCCCAGAGGCCCGGCUGCAGCCCCCUGAGAGCCCACGGGUGGCCCGGAGGAACACUGAGAGCAUGCGGGAGCUGCCUCCCCUGAGUCCCUCCUUGUCACGCCGGGCUGCCAGCCCCCGGGUGGCCCCUGACACCCCGUCCUCACAGCCCCGGCUGGGCAGGGAAGUGCCUGGCAGUCCCCGUACCAGGCGCAAGGGCCCAGAGGAAUCGAAAGGUGCUGGGAGUCCCUCACCCCCAUUGCUGGCAGAGAACCCCACACGCCGUCCCAGUUUCACUACUUGCCUGAGCCCAACGUACGGGCUGGGCUCUCCAGCUGUGCCCUCGCCCCGGCAGAGCCCCCGCACCCCCAGGAAGCCUUUAGGGGACUCACGGCUGCCAGCAGGGUCACGGGAGCGCAAGAACAGCAUCACUGAGAUCAGUGACAAUGAGGAUGAGUUGCUGGAGUACCAUCGGCGGCAGCGGCAGGAGCGAGUUCGGGAGCAGGAGAUGGAACGCCUGGAGCGGCAGCGCCUGGAGACCAUCCUGAACCUCUGUGCUGAGUACACCAAGACAGGUGGCACUGAGCCAGGUGAUGUGCACAGGCUCCUGGCUGGUGACACGGAUGCUGGCCAGUGGGUCCCCAGGGGUGCCAUGGCUCUGGGCCAUGCUGUUGAAGAGCUGCAGCAGAGGGAGAGCCUGGAGAGAUCAGAUGAGGAGAACCUGAAGGAGGAGUGCAGCAGCACUGAGAGUACCCACCACGAGCAUGAGAAGCUGACAGGCCCCCGGGCCAAGGAGGCGCAGCGACUGGAGGAGGAGCGUGCCGCUGUUCUCGGACACCUGGACCAGCUGAAGGGCCGUGUCAAGGAGCUGGAGCAGCAGCUGCAGGAGACAUCACGAGAGGCAGAGAUGGAGCGGGCGCUACUGCAGGGUGAGCGGGAAUCGGAGGUGCUGCGGCUGCGGCAGGAGCAGGAAGCAGCGCAGCAGGUGCAGGAGAAGCUCUCCAGCCUGGACGCCAGCAUCCGCAAGGAGCGGGACAAGGAAAGGGCAAAGGUUGAUGCUGAAAGGAAGGAGCUAGAGCAACUCCAGGCGCUUUACCAUGAGUCGAAGAGCCACCUUGAUAAGUGCCCUGAGUCAAUGCGGGAGCAAUUGCAGGAGCAGAUGCGAAGGGAGGCAGAGGCACUAGAGACGGAGGCCAAGCUGUUUGAGGACCUGGAGUUCCAGCAGCUGGAGCGAGAGAGCCACCUCGAAGAGGAGCGUGAGGCACGAGGCCAGCAGCUCCUGCAGAGCCGGGCUGAGUGCCACCGUAACAUUGCCCGCAGGAAGGAGCGGGUGGCUGCCCUGGAUGCCCAGGCUGCCCAGAUUCGGCUUCAGAGUGCCCAGGAGGCUGAGCGCCUGGCCAGAGAGCGGAGCAGCGUCCUGCAGCUCCUGCAGAAGGAGAAGGAGAAGCUCGUGUCUCUGGAGAGGAGAUACCAGCUCGUCACAGGUGGCAGGAGCUUCCCAAAAAUGUCCUCGGCUCUCCGAGAGGAGACCCUCCAUAUCUCAGAACCUUAUGAGCUGUUGGAGGGAACUAAGCCCCUGAGUCCCCUGCCAGCAGCAGCUGCCUCCUUAGCUUCUGCCACCUACUCCUUCCCCAAGGCACAAGAGGAGUACAUGAGGCUGUCUGACGUUUUCAGGUUCUACAGUAAUGCACAUGGCCCCAGCCUGGACACUAAAGCUUCUGCUGCUGCCCCUGCUGCCGCUCAGCGCUCUUUCUUGCUUGCUGUAGCUCCCACAGCCGAUGAGUAUGUGACCGUUGAGCAACUCUCGGGUAUCCUGGGCAGCCUCCACACCCCUGCUGCUUCCCCACUGGGCUGUACCCCUCCGGCUCCUUCAUCCUCAGGCUGUGCUCUUCCUCUUCCUCCUCUUCCAUCUCUCCCUUCUCCCUUCAUCUCUGCAGAGAUGGAGCAGCAGCUGUUGGGAGGCCCUGUGUGUCUCCCGGCUCUUGAUUUAGAGAAGUGGUACCAGGAGCUUAUGGCUGAUUUUGAGACCUCCUCUUCCUCUGUCUCUCCUCCUUCUUCCCCUCCUCCACUUCCAGCUAAAGUUCACUCCUCUCACAAGGCUCUCCAGGUCUAUCGUGCAAAAACAGAGGGUGGUGCUGGUGUCCUCACCUCUCAGAUGAAGAGUGGGACCCCUUCGUCCUCACAGCUCAACCUCUCCGUGCUGGAGCGCAGCCCCUCACCCAAGCUGACCACCUGCUGUCCUGCCCAGGGCCCCCCAAGCCCGGCGGGCAGCCUGUCCCGCAACCUGGUGGCCACGCUGCAGGACAUUGAGACCAAGCGCCAGCUGGCCCUGCAGCAGAAGGCCAAGCUGCUCCCAGCAGAGCCCUUGCAGCCGGGCAAUCUACCAGGUCGGCAGGUGAUUGAGGAGCAGAAACGGCGGCUCGCAGAGCUUAAGCAGAAAGCAGCUGCUGAGGCGCAGUCCCAGUGGGAAGCCCUGCACGGGCAGCCGCCUUUCCCCACUGCCUUCCCCCGGCUCGUGCACCACUCCAUCCUCCACCACCACCGUCCCCAUGGUGCCGGGCCCCGGGCUGAGGAGCUGGACCAUGCAUACGACACGCUCAGCCUGGAGAGCUCGGACAGCAUGGAGACCAGCAUCUCCAUUGGCAACAACUCUGUGUGCUCACCUGACAUCUCCAGUGCCAGUGGGAUGGAGACAGGGAAGAUUGAGGAGAUGGAGAAGAUGCUGAGGGAGGCACACGAGGAGAAGUCGCGGUUGAUGGAGUCCCGGGAGCGGGAAAUGGAGCUGCGCCAACAGGCGCUGGAGGAUGAGCGCUGGCGCCGGGAGCAGCUGGAACGCCGUCUGCAGGAUGAGACUGUGCGGCGGCAGAAGCUGGUGGAGAAGGAAGUCAAAUUGCGGGAGAAGCACUUCUCACAGGCUCGUCCCCUGACACGGUACCUCCCCAUCCGUAAGGAGGAUUUCAACCUGCGGCUGCACAUCGAGUCCUCAGGCCACAACGUUGACACCUGCUACCACAUAAUCCUGACAGAGAAGAUGUGCAAGGGCUACCUGGUCAAGAUGGGUGGGAAGAUCAAAUCUUGGAAGAAGCGCUGGUUUGUCUUUGACCGCAUGAAGCGCACCCUUUCAUACUACGUGGAUAAACAUGAGACAAAGCUGAAGGGUGUUAUCUACUUCCAAGCCAUUGAAGAGGUUUACUAUGACCACCUCCGCAGUGCUGCAAAGAGCCCAAACCCUGCGCUCACUUUCUGUGUGAAGACCCAUGACCGACUCUACUACAUGGUGGCACCAUCAGCCGAGGCCAUGCGCAUCUGGAUGGAUGUCAUUGUCACUGGGGCAGAGGGCUAUACCCAGUUCAUGAACUGAGAGGGGUGCUGUGCACCCCAGAUCCACCACCUGGAUGGACUUCUGAGCAUGCCAAGCAGUGAGGAGCUCCUGAGGGGACCAUGGUCCCUGCUCUGCCUCAUGCCAAGGGCUGUGCACACCAAGGUUGUGUGGACCUGCAUUGGGCCCAGCUGGGUAGUACUGAGUGUUGCCUGUUCAGGCAAGGGAAUAAGGUUUUUUUAUGUUCAUUUUUUAAAAACAAACUUUAUUGGAACAAUGUCAAAGUGCUGAAAAGUAAAAAGCUGCCAAAGA